CGAUUUCUCCCCAUCAACAGGACGUUUACGUUUGCUUGAACCACUGUUGUUGGUAUUUCCAUUCCGUUUCUUGUUGUCUCGCUGUUUUGCUAUCCAGCAAACGACCAUUUUUCUUCCGUUUCAUCUUCCUCGUCUCAUUUUGAACCAUGCCAAUUUCCAAUGGAGACGCAUCGGGGAGCGCUUAUGAGCGUUUCUCGGGCAACUCAGCGUUCCUGGACCACACAAAGGCGCUGGAAGUCCUGAAAAACGAUUAUGCUGGUGAUGGCCUGGAUAUCAAUCAACUGAUAGAUUCCGAGAAGCGGGGAGCACUGACCUAUAAUGAUUUUCUGAUCCUUCCAGGAUACAUUGGAUUCCCCGCAUCCGACGUUUCUCUCGAAACUCCUGUCACAAGACGAAUCACCUUGAAAGCCCCCCUGCUUUCUUCGCCGAUGGACACGGUCACUGAACACUCGAUGGCUAUCCAUAUGGCUCUUCUUGGUGGCCUUGGUGUGAUCCACCACAACUGCUCUGCAGAGGACCAAGCAAAUAUGGUAAGAAAGGUCAAGCGGUAUGAAAACGGGUUCAUAUUGGAGCCUGUUGUUCUGUCCCCGAAGACAACGGUGGCAGAGGCCAAGGCUCUGAAGGAGAAAUGGGGAUUUGGUGGAUUCCCAGUCACAGAAAAUGGAACUCUCCCUUCGAAACUGAUUGGAAUGAUCACCAGCAGAGACAUCCAGUUCCAUCCUACUGGUGAAGACCCUGUCACAGCUGUCAUGACUACCGACCUCGUUACAGCCCCUUCAGGGACCACACUCGCCGAAGCAAACGAGGUUCUAAGAAGCUCCAAAAAAGGAAAACUUCCUAUUGUCGACAGCGAGGGUAACCUUGUUUCUCUCCUUUCAAGGUCCGAUCUCAUGAAGAACCUUCACUACCCACUUGCUUCCAAGCUUCCGCACUCCAAGCAACUUAUCUGCGCAGCCGCCAUAGGCACCCGUCCCGAGGACAAAGAAAGGCUCCAGAAAUUGGUAGAGGCUGGUCUCGACAUUGUCAUCUUGGAUAGCAGCCAGGGCAACAGCAUCUAUCAGAUAGAGAUGAUCAAAUAUGUAAAGGAAACUUACCCCGAACUUGACGUCAUUGCUGGCAAUGUUGUCACCAGAGACCAAGCAGCUGCCCUUAUUGCCGCAGGUGCAGAUGGUCUCCGUAUUGGUAUGGGCAGCGGAAGUGCUUGCAUCACACAAGAAGUUAUGGCCGUCGGGAGACCCCAAGCCGCAGCUGUGCGCAGUGUAUCCCAAUUUGCUGCACGCUUCGGAGUCCCCUGUAUUGCGGAUGGCGGUAUUCAGAAUAUUGGCCAUAUUGUCAAAGGCCUAGCGAUGGGCGCCACCACCGUUAUGAUGGGUGGGCUCUUGGCUGGUACUACUGAAUCCCCUGGCUCCUACUUCGUCAGCAGAGAAGGCCAGCUCGUCAAGGCUUAUCGGGGAAUGGGAAGCAUCGACGCGAUGGAGGAUAAAAAGGCUGGAGGCGGCAAAGGGGGCCAAGCAAACAAUGCCGGCACUGCACGAUACUUCUCGGAAUCGGACAGACUCCUCGUAGCCCAGGGUGUUUCGGGCUCAGUUUUGGAUCGCGGUUCUGUGACAAAGUUCGUGCCGUACCUCAUGGCCGGUAUCCAGCACUCCCUUCAGGAUAUCGGGGUCAAAAGCUUGAAGGAGCUUCACGAUGGUGUCGCCGCUGGCACCGUUAGGUUUGAGGUGCGCAGUGUCAGUGCUCAGGCUGAGGGUGGCGUCCAUGGCCUGCACAGCUUCGACAAGAAGUUGUAUUCUUAGAAAAGCAAAGCUCGAUGCAUAGAUCUCACUACAGAAUUCCAGUCUCCAUUUUGAGAAAAAGGGAUCAAAUUUGUUUUUGGAGUUUGUUUGGAAGGGUGGAUAUGGUAAUUACUUACUGUUCGAUACUCAAUUGUUCUUUGAUUGUCCUGGAAAAGUUUUAUGAGUUUCAUGGUUUUCCGUUCAUGUCCUUUAUGUUAAUCGGCAGAAACUUGUAUCAAUGUCGUUUAUUCAUAAUGAAACUUGUCUCGACGAAAAUCGGGUCGAGAAUGAAGAUG